AUGGAACAUACAAAUAGUAGCUGGUUCCAGCCACCUAUACUUCUUCUAACAGGAAUCCCUGGACUAGAGACUGAGCAAAUAUGGCUCUCCCUCCCCCUGUGCAUCAUGUACCUAAUCGCCCUUCUUGGAAACUGCACCAUCCUCUUUGUUAUCAAAACCACUUCCAUUCUUCAUGAGCCUCAAUAUGUCUUCCUGUCUAUGCUGGCAUCUACAGAUGUGGGUCUGUCUUUAUCAACUCUGCCUACCGUAUUGAAUGUCUUCCUCCUGAACCACAGAGAGAUUGAGUUCCACUCUUGCCUGACACAGAUGUUCUUCAUCCACACCUUCUCUUCCAUGGAGUCAGCUAUCCUGCUGGCCAUGGCCUUUGACCGGUUUGUAGCUAUUCACAACCCACUUCACUAUACUGUGGUUUUAACUCCUCCUAGGAUUAUUGGUAUGGGUCUUGCAGCUGUUGUUAGGGGUGUGAUGUUGAUGGCACCUUUGCCUAUCCUGCUCAAGCGAUUGCCCUUCUGCAAGGGUAUCAUUCUGUCCCAUUGCUACUGCUACCAUCCGGAUGUUAUGAAGCUGGCCUGUGGCCCCGUCAGGGUCAACAUUAUCUAUGGAUUGUCUCUAGUCCUCUGUUCUUUUGGAAUUGACUCUAUCUUCAUUGUCAUUUCAUACAUCUUGAUUUUGAAAACAGUGCUGGGUAUUGCCUCAGGGGAUGGUCAGCUCAAGGCACUUAACACUUGCGUUUCCCACAUCUUUACUGUUUUUAUCUUUUAUGUGCCACUCAUUGUGCUGGCCCUAAUCCAUCGGUUUGGCAAGUUCAGAUCUCCUCUACUCCAUGUCACCAUGGCCAAUCUCUUCCUCUUUUUGACUCCUGUCCUUAAUCCCUUGGUUUAUAGCAUAAAAACCAAACAGAUAAGAUCAGCAGUGUGGAAGAUUUUCAAAGAAAGGGGAAAUCUGACCAAGUAA